UAUCGUUGUCAUGUGACCUCAAUCCAGCCAAUCACGCAAUUCGUUACUGAACUAUGAGAUCGUGAUCUUACACGGAUCGAGAGACGAUUUCCUCAUCAUGGAUGUGUUUUUGAUGAUCCGUCGUAAGAAAAGUACCAUCUUCACUGAUGCCAAAGAAACAACAACCGUAUACGAGUUAAAGAAAAUAGUAGAAGGCAUCACUAAGAGACCACCUGAAGACCAACGAUUACAUAAAGAUGAGCUGAUUCUAGAAGACACAAAAACAUUGGGGGAUUGUGGUUUUACUAGCAGUACUGCUAGAGCACAGGCACCAGCAACAGUAGGAUUAGCCUUUAAAGAAGGAGAGGAAGAUUUUGAACCACUGGAAGUUACACCAUACUCCAAUCCACCAGAGUUACCAGAUGUUAUGAAACCACAAGAAUCUAGUACAUCAAAUGCAGCAGAACAGCCAGUCUCUUAAAUCAUGCAAUCCCCCUUUUUGUUUCAGAUCUGCAAGAAUACGUGGUAGCAUCGAAUGAUGCACCCAACUUCAAGCAACCAAGGUCAUUAUGUAAAUGUACUACAGCGUUUCAACUUUUUCAACAUUUUCUCUCAUCAAAAGGUUGAAAUUAGAAAUCUUAGUAUUGUAUCCAACACUGCCCCUUUUCUUGAUUGUUGUAAAUUCUUGUUUUGCACAUAUUAUUCCCAACCCCUUCUGUUAUAUUCCAGUUCAAAUACAGAUCUAACUUAAUGACAAUUUUUAAAAACUAUUCAACGCUUCCUGUAGAGGGUUGGUCUUUAAUCUCCUUGGUUGCUGCUAGUCAUGUUUUAGAAAAUCACAAAUGUCAAAGACUAUUUAAAGGCAGAAAUUUAGUGAACGUUUGUAAAAUUUAACUAUGUUUCAAUAAUUGAGAACUAUUUUUAUAAGUUUUGUGGAGUCUCUGAUUAUUUUUUGCAAUAUGUGGUAAAAAUGACAAGCCCAAAUCGAAUGGGCUCUGCACUUUCUCUCUACAAUAUGCCUCGAGGGAAAUGUUAGAGACCAUUGUUGGAAUAGUUUUUUUUUUUUUUUUUUUCUUAUCUAAUGAUAUAUAAUUUAAAAUCAAAUUUGCUAGACUAAUGAUUUACCAUUUUUGUGUUGCUUGCAAUUGGUGUUUUGAUCACAUUUCUUUAGGAAUUUGUACGAGUGCAUUUUUUGUUCUCACUUCAGGGCAAGUAUUUUUUUCAACAUUGUGGAACUUUUAAGUGGUGCUUAGUAGGGCUAAUAGAGCUUUUAGAAUCACUCUAAAUAUUUAAAAAAGAAAACCAUAAUAUGUCAAAUUUACUUCAGUGUCAGCCACUUUAUGGGCAUAUACUGCAAAUAUACAUUUUCAAUAACGAUAUUGUUGUGAGGUGUAGUACAAAAAAAUAAAUUUCUCAGUGAUAACAUUUUUCUUUUAGAAGACGAGAAAAACAUUGUCUGUGAUCUUAUUUUUUUUUGUAUUUAGCAACUAUUUAUUUGAAAACCUAAUUUUCACUUAACUCCAUACUGUAACAAUUUUUGUUGUUAUUCCCCCAAAAAACUCCUUAUUUCAAAAUGAGGAAAUCGCCUCCACAUAUUAUAAAGUGACCUGACAAAGUCAUUUUCGUCCACCAUGGUACCCAGUCCUGAUCCCUGACCGUUUCAGAAGUGCUUAUGUGAGGGAGUACUUUGUCAGACUCUUGUUUUACUGCAAAACAUUUGUAAUAUUUUUUCCUGUGUAUUUUGGAUCAUAAAUGUAUUCAGACAUUGAUUACACCAUUUCUGCAACAAGCUAAAUAAAGAAAUCUGUACAUACAUACAGUUAAAAAAAAA